AUGGAGCGCGGGAGCCACGAGGAAGGCGGCUUCGGCCGCACACUGUGCGUGCUCACAGGGGCCUCCCGUGGCUUCGGCCGCGCGCUGGCCACACUCCUGGCCCGGCUGCUGUCACCCGGCUCGGUGUUGCUCCCAACCGCUCGCAACCAGGAGGCGCUCAGGCAGCUGGAGGCAGAGCUGGUGGCGGAGCAUCCUGGCCUGCGCGUGGUGCCGGUGCCCGCCGACCUGGGCUCGGACGCCGGCUUGCAGCAGCUGCUCGGAGCUCUGCGCGACCUCCCCAGACCCGAAGGGCUUCAGCGCCUGCUGCUUAUAAACAAUGCGGCCACUCUUGGGGAUGUUUCCAAAGGCUUCCUGAACCUGGGUGACCCAGCAGAAGCAAACAGCUACUGGGCUAUGAACUUGACUUCCACACUCUGCCUGACUUCCAGCCUCCUGAAGGCCUUUCCAGAACGUCCUGGCUUGAGCAGGACUGUGGUUAACAUCUCAUCCAUCUGUGCCCUGAAGCCCUUUAAGGGCUCGGCAUUGUACUGUGCAGGGAAGGCUGCCCGUAAAAUGAUGUUCCAGGUCCUGGCUGCAGAGGAACCUAGUGUGAGGGUGCUGAGCUAUGACCCAGGUAUCAUGGACACAGACAUGCAGCAGUCGGCCCAAGAGACCUCAGUGGAUCCAGACUUACGAAAAAAGCUACAGGAUAUGAAGACAAAUGGGGAGCUGGUAGAUUGCAGGAUGUCAGCCCAGAAGCUGCUGGACUUGCUGCAAACAGACACGUUUGAGUCAGGAGCCCAUGUGUCCUUCUAG